GGGGAAUUCCAUGGAUCUAGGGCCGGGAAUUGGGAAUGAGGAGCCAAUGGAAGGCCCCACAUUCCCGGGAUCUUCGUGCCGCGGGAACCCCGGAAUUCUCCCCUUUUCCAGCGGGAAGAUGCGGAGCGUGCGGGCCGGGCUAUCCCAGCCCCCUGGAGGCCAUGAAAGGGCCCCGGGAGCGGCUGCUGUACCUGCCCUGCAUCUACCGGAACACCGGGAUCGACAUUCCCGAUUUCCUGGCCACCGUGGACGUGGAUCCGCAAUCGCCGCAGUACUGCCAGGUUAUCCACCGGCUGCCCAUGCCCAACGUGGGGGACGAGCUGCACCACUCGGGCUGGAACGCCUGCAGCAGCUGCCACGGGGAUCCCGGCAAAUCCCGGGAUUUCCUCAUCCUGCCCGCCCUCGUCUCAUCCCGAAUCUACGUCGUGGACGUGGCCAGCCAGCCCCGAGCUCCCCGCAUCCACAAGGUGGUGGAAAGUGAGGAAUUAUCCCGGAAAGGUGGAGCUGCUUUCCCACACACUUCCCACUGCCUUCCCUCGGGAGAAAUCCUCAUCAGCUGCCUGGGGGAUCCCCAGGGAAACGGAAAAGGCACUUUCAUCCUCCUGGAUGGAAAAACCUUCGAAGUGAAAGGAAAUUGGGAAAAAGGAGGGAAAAAUCCCAAUUUUGGUUACGAUUUCUGGUACCAGCCCCGGCACAACGUCCUCAUCAGCACCGAGUGGGGAAUUCCCAAAAUCCUGGAGCGAGGAUUCGACCCCAAGGACGUGCAGGAAGGGCGUUACGGGCGUUUUCUCAACGUUUGGGAUUGGAGCGAGCGGCGGCUGCUGCAGGGCUUGGAU